AUGCGCGGCGGCGGCGGCGGCGGCGACGACGACGACGGCCCGUGGCGCGUCCUCGCGGACGCCGCCGCGGAGCUCGCGUCCGUCCUCCUCGCGCCGUCCUCCUCCCCCGACGCGCUCGCGGACGCGCUCGAGCGCGCGACCGCGGCGGUCGACGCGGACGACGAGUUCGUCGCCGCGCUCGGCUUCCAUCGCGCCCACCGCGCGGUCGUCCGCCUCACGACGCACCCCUCCCCCGACGUCGCCGCCGCCGCGGGCGACCUCGCGGAGCUCUGCGCGCGGAGAUGCCCGCGCGGGGUGCCGUUCCCGAGCGUCGGCGGCGACGCGAGCGUCGAGCCGUCGUACGCGCGGUGCGACGUCGGGCGACGAAACGCGCCGCUCGCGCUGAUCCUCCGUCGCGCGCGCGAGGACCCCGCCCUCGGCGGCGGCGAGAAGCGACGCGUGCCGAACAUCGCGUGGCCGAGCGCGAUCGUCCUCGCGCGCGUCCUCGCGCUGCACCCCGCGCUCGUGCGCGGGAAGGACGUGCUCGAGCUCGGUGCGGGGCUCGGCGCGGUCGGCAUGGCAGCCGCGGCGCUCGGCGCCGACGCGGCGACGUUGACCGACGUCGACGACGACGCGGUGGCGAACAUGCGGUAUAACAUCGCGCGCGGCGGCGGCGUGCGGGUGCGGAGAGCGCGAUCGCGCCGCCGCGAGGGAGAGGCCGGCGUCGUCGACGACGACGCGACGGCGGCGGCGGCGGCGAUCGCGUCGAGGUGCGUCGCGAAGGCGUUGGACUGGAACGACGCGCGCGACGUGCGCGACGUCGACGGAACCGCCGACGUCGUUCUCGGCGCGGACGUCGUGCACGACCACGGCAUGGCCGACGGCGUCGUCUCCGCCCUCGCGCGCGCGAUGCGGUCGCCGCACGGCGUGGGGGUGAUCGUCAACCCCGCGCCAGAGCACCGCGCGGGCGCGGAUCGCAUCCCGGAGCUGUUGACGGCGGCCGGGCUGGUCUUCGAGCGUCGCGUCGUCGCGAGCGCGCUGCUUCGCGCGGGGUUGGAGGAGGAGACGGAGGACGUGAAGCUGGACGUCUUCGCGAUCGCGCGCGCGGAGGAACGCGUGCCGAGGCUCGAGGACGUGGGCGAGCGGUGGUUCGAGUUCGAUUAGCAUAGGUAGGCGGGCGUAGAAUGGGCACGUGUAGUAGGUAAAGAG